AAAAAAAAAUCAAAUAAAAACACACCCUCGCACAAAUCUUUACAUAAAACUUUAUAAAAACAAUUGUAAGAAUCUUUGAACGGAAUUUAUAAAUUAAAAAAAAAAAACUUACAAUUUUUUUUUUUUUAAGAAUCCUGGAGUUGAAUUGAUGGAUUACUCAGAGCAAGAAACAAAUAAAAACGAAAAUAAAGAAAGAACACAAAACAGCCAACAAUCUUCUUCAUCUGGGUCUUUUUCUAAUCGUAGACGUCUUGGUGGUGGUGGUGGUGGUGGCAAAGGCAGCUCCGGCGCCGUUGGUGAUGGUGGUCAGUUAAGGUCAAGUUAUUGUAAUAAUAAUAAUAAUGGUGAUGAUUAUAAUAAUAAAGUUGUUGAAGAAGAUAAAGAUUUGUUUGGGUCUGAUAAUGAGGAUUAUGUUAAUACUCGAGCUUUUAGCCUUUUUUCGAUUCCUGUUUUACCACGACCCCGGCCACGUUAUUCAUACAAUAGCUCGAGCAGAGGAGGAUACGGGCGUGGACAUUGCCAAUAUGAUAGAGGAGCAGCCGGCAUCCGUCAUAGGCCUGAUCCAAUUCCACAGAGGGCAGAUUAUGGUUAUGAUCCUGAAUUCUAUGCUCCCCGUAAUGAUGAACGUAAUGGUUCUUCAAGUUUUCAAAGAGUGAAAAAACAGUAUCCAGGAGAUGAAUAUUAUUUCAAGAGGUAAAGCAUGCUUUAGAGGAGGAUGGUUGAGUUUUCAAGUUUAGAAGAUAGUUCUUAUAAGCUGACAUAAGACAACAUAAUCACACAAGAUAGUUUUUUGUUCUCCCAAAAUCUUGGACCUGUACAGCAUCUAUGCGAGGCUCCAUAUUUUUGGUUGGGCUUAUUUUUUUAUAUUAUUAUACGUUUACAUAUUUUCUCUGUUUUGUUCCACAUUAAUUUUUCUUGGAUGAUGUCAAAAUAGCCUUGUGAACUUAGCCGUGUGGAAGGUGGAGAAGUAUGUAAUAUCCAUAACCCAUUUUGUUAACCUUUAUAUCAUUUCGCUAGCUAAAUUGACAGAUUGAUUUGUAUAA